AUGGACAGUUACUUUAAAGCUGCAGUCUGUGACUUGGACAAACUACUUGAUGAAUUUGAACAGAAUACAGAUGAAUAUGACUGCUACAGAACACCUCAGGAUCCAUGUGACUCAAAACACCAUUCGCUUUCGUUGGUUUUGGAUUGCUUACAACACAUACACCCAACACCAAAACUGCAAGAGGAUGCUGCUUCCUCAGAAGAAAUCUCUCCAGCUAGCCACAUUGACACAAGUGAAGCACUUCUGGGUUAUUCACCACAAAAUGAGAAGAGUGUUGCUGGACCUGAUCUUUUGUCCACUGUGGACAGUGGUUCCUUAAAUGAAAUUCAGGCUUCAAACCUAGGAAGAUGUAGUAUACCUGUGUGUGAUCUUGUUAACGACACAGGUAACUUAAUUCAUUCAGUGGCUGCUCAUGAAGAUACACAGAAGUUGCAGCCGGGUGACUCCCAGUGCAGUGAAGGUUUGAUUGGCUUUGGAGUGUCUUGCAUACCUGUUUCUACUUGUGUGUCGUCAGCUGGUUGCAGUGACGUUUCAAGUACAGAGCAGAGUGAUGGAGACUCAAUGCUACAAGAUUCAGGAAACCUUAGAACAGAGGAGAUGAAUCAUUUAGCUUUAAAAUCAGACAGCUGUGCCGCAGCACAGAUCUCAGAUCCAUGUGAUGGUCAACACAGGACAGAUUCUGUUAAGUGCAGUGAAGUAUUUGAUCAGCUUGACCAAACUGCUCACCUUAAUACUGCAUGUGUCCCUGUAACACUGCAGAAUUUAAAUACAUACAGUCCUAAAGAUGAGAAAGAAUAUGAAAAAUUGCCUUGUGAAACACAAGAUGAAAGUGUACGCUCUGCAGUGAGCAAAGAGAUAUAUGAAAGAAAUGCCAUAGAAAAGGUGGAUUCAGAAGAUGAGAGUAACGUUGAAUCCAUGCCUUCGGGUCUGCCAAAGAGGCCACAGUUGCACAAAAGCCAUGCAGCAUUACCUGGAAAUUGUGUUUUACCAGGCUCUUCAUGUCAAACUGGAGUUAAAGGGGAAUUGGAAAAGAAAAUCACAGAAGAGAAUGUAGGUAACAAAGAACUUCAUAGCAAUGAAAUACUAACCAGUAUUUCAACUUCAUGUAUUUCGGUUGAGGAUGUCCAGACCUCACUGUCAUGUCUUCCACUUCCUGUAUCUAUAUGUGGUUCAGUAGUUGUAAUGGAAGAAAAAGUUAAUCCUCUACCUCAGAAUGAAACGGCAGAGGUUAUUAGUGAUAUUUUAACUGUUCAGGCUGGAAAGUCAAAAACUGACACCUCUGGUAGGGAAUCCUGCAAAAACACUGACGUGCAUGAUCAAGAAGGGUAUAUAGCUAAAACCAAUGAAAGUAUUGUGGAAACAGACAGAGGGAAGUAUGAUACUGAGAAUGUAAUUAACGACAGUGAUUUUCAGCAAGUCAAAACUUUUCCUUCUGCGUUUCUAGAAUACGAAGCUGAGCCAUAUGGUGUUGAGAUAGAUUCUUACUACAAUGAAAGUAUGAGCCCAGUUAUGACUGACUUCACUGUUGAGAAUGUUAUUAGAAGUGAUGCUCUAAUAAGCGAUGCUGAGCUUGAUGAUUUCUUGUAUGGACAAGGGAUUCAGUCCAAUGUGUUGAAUUCUUCAGACCAUGGUAGUAAUUUAGUAGAAGCUGAUGCACAUGAAGGGGAUUUAACAAAUGUGAACAACCUGGAUUUCACUGAGGUCUCUGAAGAACAUAUGCAAACAGAACUGGAGGAGAUAACAAGCAUUAAUAGUGAUCCUAAAGUAUCUCUUACUGCCGUUGACUUAGAGUCUGCAACAGAAGAGAAUACGUCUCAUAUUCAGGAUAUGACUGAGGGUGGUAUUGAAGCACUCGUUUCUAGUGUUUGUCCUGGAGGUGCAAGACCAAAGCAGUUGCUUCACGUUUCGCAAGGAGCUGUUGGUCAAAGACAGCUGGAUAGAGCAGAUGUACUUGAGAGAGAAGACCAAGAAGCCAGUUUUGUUAGUCCAGAAGCUCCCCUCUCGGGCACUAGUCUAAGUGCUGGUAAAAAUUCUGACCCUGUGCACUCUGGGCAAAGCAGCUCUGAAGCUGAAGGAAAUCAGACAUCUGAAAAUGUAGAAUCACUUAAAAUACCUGCAGCUCUGUCACGGAAACAACCAUUGUGGGUUCCUGAUUCAGAGGCACCUAACUGCAUGAACUGCCAAGUCAAGUUCACAUUUACAAAAAGACGACACCACUGUCGGGCGUGCGGAAAGGUUUUUUGUGGUGGCUGUUGCAAACGAAAGUGCAAACUACAAUACAUGGAGAAGGAAGCAAGAGUCUGUACUGGCUGUUAUGAUGAUAUUAAUAAAGCACAGGCAUUUGAAAGGAUGAUGAGUCCCACUGGUCCAGUUCCCAAUUCCAGUAUCUCUGAGUAUUCUUCUGCUGUUCCACCUUUGGAGGAAGCCCAGAUACCUGGUAGUGUUAGCUCUCCAUCAGCUUCUGCACCUUUACCUAUCUCAGCACUUAAACAACCUGGUAUUGAAGGGCUGUGCCCCAAAGAACAGAGGAGGGUUUGGUUUGCAGAUGGUAUUUUGCCAAAUGGCGAAGUGGCAGAUACUACCAAACUUUCAUCUGGAGCAAAGAGGUUGUCACAGGACUUAAGUCCAGUAAACCUUGACUCACCAGAGAUGCAUACG